CCAGCACGUCCGAGGACCAGCAUGCUGCAUCCUGAUGCGCUGUCCGCACGGCUCUGGAUUUACACGCCUUCCCCGGUCACCACUUUCUCAUGAGUCCCGGAUCGGAAACAUCUCAAUGUUGGAACCAGGGGGACCGAGACACGUCCCGGGUGUCAAGUAAGAUCAGUCCCGCGGAUGCAGCGUCAGUCUCCUGCUUCACAUUCAUGAUUCAUCCUUAGCGCGCACCUCCACCCCGAACAUGGAGAAAUUCCAGUCUUCCAUGCGCAAGCGGCUCUACAGUUUGCCGCAAAACAUUGGGCAGAAAGCCUGUGCGGCGGAGGACGCGGACGGCGGCGACAAGGAGAGCAAGAGGAAAAGUAUCCUGCUCCAACAUCUGUCCUCACUGUCUCCUGCCGGCAGCUCCCGGAGCGUCAGCCAGGCCAGGACUGAGGACCCGGACCGGGACCUGAAGACCAACUUGAACGGGGACUGUCGCUUAUUCCGAGGCAGCCUCUCCUCCAUCACUGGGCGCCAUCCUCCCGGGUCGGACCCGGCGGAGCAGCGGCGGCUCAUCCCCGAGGCUGAGGCGGGCAUGAGCGAGCGCUUCCCCGGGGAUCAGAGCCCCGGAGCCCGGCAGCCAGCGGCAGGGGGUCUCGGCGGACCGGCAACUCUCUUUGACCAGUCAACUUUCAUCAAGCUGGAGGGGAGCGAGCAGAUCAUUGCGGAGGAUGAGCGGCUUUAUCAAGCCGGCUUCAUGCACCGCCAGUUCGGGGCGAUGCUCCAGCCGGGUGUCAACAAGUUCUCCCUGCGGAUGUUGGGCAGUGAGCGGGCCGUGGAGCACGAGAGGGAGCGGGUCAAGUCCGCGGGCUUCUGGAUUAUCCAUCCCUACAGUGAUUUUAGGUUCUACUGGGAUCUGACCAUGCUCCUGCUGAUGGUGGGGAACCUCAUCAUCAUCCCAGUGGGCAUCACGUUUUUCAAAGACGAGCACACGCCACUAUGGAUUGUUUUCAACGUGGUAUCGGACACCUUCUUCCUCAUGGACCUGGUUCUUAACUUUCGCACCGGCAUCGUCAAGGAAGACAACACGGAGAUCAUCCUGGACCCGCAGAAGAUCAAGAUCAAGUACCUGAAGAGUUGGUUUGUGGUGGACUUCAUUUCCUCCAUACCGGUGGACUACAUCUUCCUCAUCGUAGAGAUGCGCAUCGAUUCUGAUUUUUACAAGACGGCUCGAGCUCUGAGGAUCGUGCGCUUCACCAAAAUUCUGAGUUUGCUGAGAUUGCUCCGCCUCUCCAGACUGAUUCGCUACAUCCACCAGUGGGAAGAGGUUUUCCAUAUGACCUAUGACCUGGCUAGUGCCAUGGUGCGUAUCAUGAAUCUGAUUGGUAUGAUGCUGCUGCUGUGUCACUGGGACGGCUGUCUGCAGUUUCUUGUUCCCAUGCUGCAGGACUUUCCUCCUGACUGCUGGGUCACUCGAAACAAGAUGGUGAAUGACACGUGGGGGCAGCAGUACUCCUACGCCCUCUUCAAAGCCAUGAGCCACAUGCUGUGCAUCGGUUACGGGUUGUACCCGCCGAUAGGCAUGGCAGAUGUCUGGCUCACCAUCCUCAGCAUGAUUGUGGGGGCGACCUGCUUCGCCAUGUUUGUCGGCCACGCAACCGCACUGAUCCAGUCUCUGGACUCCUCCAGGAGACAGUAUCAAGAGAAGUACAAGCAGGUGGAGCAGUACAUGUCCUUCCACAAGCUGCCUGCCGACAUGCGACAGAGGAUCCAUGAUUACUAUGAGCACCGCUACCAGGGCAAGAUGUUUGAUGAGGAAAGCAUCUUGGAGGAGCUGAAUGAACCACUGCGUGAGGAGAUUAUAAAUUUCAAUUGCCGUAAACUGGUGGCAUCAAUGCCUCUAUUCGCCAAUGCGGAUCCAAAUUUCGUCACCUCUAUGUUGACCAAACUCCGCUUCGAGGUUUUCCAGCCGGGCGACUACAUCAUCAGAGAAGGAACCAUCGGCAAGAAGAUGUACUUCAUCCAGCACGGUGUGGUCAGCGUCCUGACCAAAAGCAGCAAAGACACCAAGCUGUCGGAUGGCUCUUACUUUGGAGAGAUCUGCCUGCUGACUCGUGGCAGGAGGACGGCCAGCGUCCGGGCCGACAACUACUGUCGUCUCUACUCUCUGUCGGUGGAUAACUUCAACGAGGUUCUGGAGGAAUACCCCAUGAUGAGACGGGCCUUUGAAACAGUGGCUCUGGACAGGCUCGACCGCAUAGGGAAGAGAAACUCUGUUCUUCAGCACAAAGUCCAACACCAUCAGAGUUCUGGCACGUUAAACCUUCACGAGAGUGAGAUCAUCCAAAGAAUCGUCCAGCAUGACCGAGACAUGGCCCAAUGCACAGCACAGCUGAUCCAGACCAGCAAUGCGCAGAGCCUGAACCCUCCCCCUCCGUCUCCGUCUCACACCCCGGUCAUCUGGGCCCCGCUGGUCCAGGCUCCACUCCAGGCCGCUGCCGCCACCACACCACUGGCGCUGGCGUUAGCCACUCACUCCCAGCUGCCCCCGAUCCUCUUCCAUCACCCUCUGGCUCCGGCAUCUGGAUCGCAGAGAGAACCUGCCAGCUUUCCAAAGAGAGUCCAGGUGGGCACCAGCACCUGCGGAUCGGGGCCUAGCUCUCCCUUGGGUACCACCAAAUUUCAUUUCGGGACUGAGACAACUGCUUCAGCAGCCAUCAGAGCUCAGCAUUACCCAACUGGGAAUGGGUCGCCCACGAUGGUGUCGCAGCCCAUCUUCACCAGCAGCCUGCAGCCUCUGGCCCCCAAACCCACCUACCAGCUGCCUCCUUUGGCGCCACACUCUGGCGUGACCUCUGUGUUUCCUGUCGGCCCAGCCACCUUUCCCUACACCUGUGCGCCUCAGCUCAGCUCGCCGCACUUCCAGGAAAUGCCGACUAUUUCAUCACAUCCUGUGGGUCUGCUUCAGCAUGGAGCACCAGCGAGGUCCCUGGGGAGAUUCCCAACUGCAACCUCAUAUUCAAUAAGCCCCCUAAUCUCCAGCUCUGUCAGUCCCUUCCUAAGCCAGUUGCAGCCAACCUCUCACGCCAUCACGCAACAGACUGGGCCCAGCAGCUUUGUGGAUCUCCCACGCUUCCCCUUUCUCACCAGCAACCAGUCCUCCCGUGGAUUAACUCAGCCUGUGCCAGGUGCUGGAUCCGGAGCGGCAGCCUCACUGGCGCAGCACAGCCUGGCUGGCCUUCAGUCCGUCUUCCUGCCGCAGGUCCUACCUGAGCACUCCGCCCUGGCCUCGCUGGCUCAGUACGGCUCCGGUGAAGCUUCGCCCUGCUACACCCCACCUGUUCACACCCCCAGGAUCCAGAGCCCGGUGAUGGGUCAGACAGUUCACAGCGAGUCCCCUAACACCAGGCUGCCGGACCGCGCUCCUCAGACAUCAUGUCCGACCAGGGUCGCCUGCACAGAGACACCGCUCGAGCACUUUACCCAGGAAAUAAAAACUAUCUCAGGCUCUUUUAGCUCUACGCACCAGGAACGGCCUUUGGCCAUGAGUGGCUCAUCAGAUGUUGCAGCAUCACACAGCACCUUCAGUAAACCCCACAGCCCAGUCCCAGGUCACACCACUCCAGUCACCUGGUCAUACUCGGGACAUGGAGCUCAGAACCAGUACGCCACGGGACGCUCUGCUUCACCGUCGAAACUAGACACAGAGCAAAAACUUCCCUCCAACUUGUGAGGGUCUACACCUCCCCCAGAAAAGCCUCUGAGCGUCAUAUUUCAUAGAUGGAGGGCAUGUUUUUGAACCAGAAUGUUGGUCAGUGCAUCUUUUUUAAUCAGUGUAUGUGAAUGACAGACAAUAAUAGACAAGAAAUUAUUUUUUUCUACUGCAAUAUUUGGAUAUUGUCCUAUGAUCUGUAUAUAUAUAUGUAUAUAUAAAUAGUAUAUCACAUUGUAUACAAUAUAUAACCACACCAUGUUUAGUGUUUGCCGGACCCUAUUUUAUCACUUAUGCUAUGUCAUGUAUUCAGUUCAAAUCCUUGUUAGUUAUGACAGAAACCAAAAACGAAUGUCCUUUUUUACCCCUUUAUUGAGGUGUGUGACAGCACGGUUAUCGGCUCACGCUAUGUUGAGGUUCUAAAUGGCGACAUGUCUUCCAAGUUGUCUCAGCAAUAUUGCACACCCGCUACGGGUCUCCCAAAUGUCAUGACCAUCGUAUGCAAUAAUGUCUUCAACAGUUGUGACUCCCGAAAUACAGGGCGGAAAAAAAGACGACACGCUAUGAUUGUGCACCAGUUAAGGGCUAAAUGCAGUUGGACACUUGGAUUCACAGUCACAAUCACUGCUUUUUUUUUUUUUUUUUUAAAGAAUCAUUUCAUUGUAUUGGUGACUUGUUCAGCAGCUCAUAACACACAGCUAUCUGUCAAUAAUUUGUGUGUGAGAUGCGGUUCAGGCCGGGCUGCGUCUUCAGAGGCCUGGCGAGUGACCCAGAGGCUCGGCGUGACUCUCACUGAUGCUGAUCUGUCGCUCGGUCGUCUGCCAAUGGACUCGAUCGAUCCUUCAUUACUAUUCUCCUCUAACCUCGCACCACCAGCCAGAGGCGAUCGCUCUGCGGAGUAGAAGGUUACUUGACCUCAAGCGUGUGUGUUUGUCCAGGAAGAGGAGCUGUCAGUCAUUUAUUUGUCUUUUAUUUUCAUUUUGCUGCCUUUUAACCUCCACUUCUGAGGAUUCCACCACGCAUGUAUGUUAGAUUUUAUUUUAGUAUAUUAUUUAAUUCAAUGCAAUAAAGAAACAUAUGAUGAGCUGGCGUGUUGCUGCAGGAGAUUGAAGUCAUGUGUUGGUAAAACCAACACCACUGGAGUGGUAACAGAAGCAAGACAAAGACAUUGGUUACUAAAAUCUCUUUUAAUAGACAGAGGCUUCUGACCACAGCGUGACAACAUCAAGUAUGCCUGAAGAGAGAAUACCACAACAAACAGCUGUGUGCUCUAUUAAAAUGACAACAAAUAAAUACACAUAUGUCAAGUGUACAGAGUACGCUGUGGUUCUCCAUGGCAGUCAAGACGUGACAGAAGAGCGACUAUUAAAAGGUUGAGUCUUUGCACAGGAAAGAUAGUGAUUACACCAGAGGAGGAAGGAAAAUGUAACAAGUAACAAGUCACAUAAGAGUUUAUGUCACUUAUGGUGGAGUUCAAGGCACCAGCACAACUCUCAUGGUGUUGGUGUAGCCAGACCCAGGACGCCAGCCGGUCACCACGAUGGCCACGUCACCGGACUUGAAGAACUUGCGGUGCUUACCUGUGAAACACAGAUUAAAAACAUAUUUUUGGUACUCAUUUAGAAUGUAUUUCUUGUAUUUGAAGUAUGGUCAAAUCAUUUGAGGCUAAAAUAAGCCAUAGUGGUUUAAGAUAUCAAUAUACAAAGGUCUUUUUUUCAAUGAAAUAUUCACUUUUUAAAUCACUACUUCAAAGGGCCGUGCCCUGAAAAUGGUUAGAGAUGAAGGUAUAUGCUCAAUGAGUUAUGACCUAGAGUUUGGGAUA